UGGUGAAUGCCUCUCUGACAGAGCUUCGGAGAGGUUUCUUACUGCCACCGCCAGCGAUGGCAACCUUCUGCAUGUGCUCCCCUUCCUUGUCGCCCAAACAAAAGCGAAGUCGCAACAGAUCUCGUGGCCAUCAUGAGUUAGGGUGAGGAAUCCAUCGCUCUUUUGUGGCCAUCAUGAGAAUGUCAACUGUCUUCACUGCCCCCACCACUCCCUCCCCUUCCUUUAAUUCCCUGCCUCCUUUGGAUCUCACUGCGAGCCACGGCGAAUGGGGAUCUCGACCUUUACAGGCAUGUCGCCGAUGCUGUGGCUGCUGCUGUCGCUGUCGGUUCAGCUGAGAUGCGGGCUGUCGGCGGACCAGGAGAGCGACCGGAUCGGCCAGCUGCCCGGCCAGCCCGCCGUCGCCUUCGAGCAGUACUCCGGCUACGUCACCGUCGAUCCCCGCCGCGGCCGCGCCCUCUUCUACUGGCUCGUCGAGGCCCCGCCCGCUGCCCAGCCUGCCCCCCUCGUGCUCUGGCUCAACGGCGGCCCCGGAUGCUCGUCCGUCGGCUACGGCGCUUCCGAGGAGAUCGGGCCUUUUCGCAUCCGCCCCGAUGGCUGGACUCUUGACGUCAAUCCUUACGCUUGGAAUAAUGUGGCGAACUUGUUGUUCUUGGAGUCUCCUGCGGGCGUCGGCUUCUCGUACUCCAAUACAUCCAUGGAUCUGUACACUGCUGGUGACAUGAGGACAGCGAUGGAUGCAUAUGCUUUUCUGGUGGACUGGUUUCAGAGGUUUCCUCAGUACAAGUACAGAGAUUUCUACAUAGCAGGAGAGAGUUAUGCAGGGCAUUAUGUUCCUCAGUUGUCCCAGCUUAUCUACAGGAGAAAUAAAGGGAUUCAGAACCCCUUCAUUAAUUUGAAAGGGUUCAUGGUGGGCAAUGCUGUUACUGAUGAUUACCAUGAUUAUUUGGGUACAUUUGAGUACUGGUGGACGCAUGGCCUGAUCUCCGAUGGCACCUACCAUGAUCUGAAUGCCACAUGCAAUCUCCAAUCCUCAGAGCAUCCUUCGGUUGAGUGCGUGAAGAACCUCAAUGCAGCCACUGCAGAGCAGGGCAAUAUCGAUCCCUACAGCAUAUAUACUCAACCUUGCAAUUCAUCUAGGUCUCUUAAAAGUAGCCUAAAUGGUCGCUAUCCUUGGAUGUCAAGAGCAUAUGAUCCCUGCACUGACAGAUACGCCAAAGUAUACUACAAUCGUCCCGAAGUGCAGAGAGCGCUCCAUGCAAAUGUUACAGGAAUUCAAUAUCCUUGGGAUACAUGCAGUGAUAUUGUAGGAAACUAUUGGGCAGAUUCUCCUAGGUCCAUGCUACCUAUUUAUCAGGAGUUAAUUGCAGCUGGUCUAAGAAUAUGGAUGUUCAGUGGAGACACUGAUGCGGUGGUACCUGUGACUGCAACUAGAUACUCCAUUGAUGCUCUUAACCUCCAAACCCUAAUAAGUUGGUAUCCUUGGUAUGACAAAGGAAAGGUUGGUGGAUGGAGCCAAGUUUACAAAGGUUUGACAUUUGUGACGAUUAUGGGAGCAGGGCAUGAAGUCCCUCUUCAUCACCCUCGGCAAGCUAUGAUACUAUUUAGACAAUUCCUAAAGAAUCGCCCCAUGCCAAGAUGACUUCCCUGAUACCAGCAAAUUGCUCAUAAAGGAUAAAGGUAUAUGAUAAUGGAAGAAAAACAAGGUUGAUGGUAAAAGGUGAGAAGAAAAUGUAUUUAUCCUACUAUGAUUGAUUUAUUAGUUUUUCAGAAACAAAUUCACUGAGAGUCCGUUGCUCACAAAUAUAAUGUCCUUUUAUGACUAUCAUUUUAUUUCCAAGAAGUUUAUAUUAUUAGAUACCCUAGACAUAUGAUAAGAAAUAUUCUGAGAUAACAUAUGUGUUGUUUGUUAAUGAUGCAUGAUAUGAUUUUGGGCAAUGUUCAUAUACCACGAACUAUAUAGCUGACAACAAGGCAUUGAGGCACAGGGUCUCAAAGGAUAUUGGAUUUAUCAAACUAGUUGAAUAGGCUUUCUUGCUAUCAUCCUCACAAGCAGCUUAAUCUUGCUGUAUCAGUUGCAUAUGUAAGAAACUGGCACAUCAAUAUCAAAAUGCAGCAACAUUCAAUAUGUAAUUUCUUACUAUUGUGCUUGGUUGUCAC